AGCGGAAGUCAGUGUACGGUUUCCUUCGAACUUCCUGCAUCCAAGUAAGCCAGAUUGAAAAUUAAAGUCCAAGGUGCUUGAGUACAGAAGGAGUUUGUCAAUAUGACUGCCAUUCGUCACACUCUACAGCGUGAUGUGUUCUUACCAAAUGAUGAACGUCUCAUCGGGGUUGUUCAUGUCUCUAAAGCUGGCAAGAAGAAGAAAGUUAGCUUCCUUUGUGCCACAGUGACUACAGAUCAACCGGCACAGGUGUUCCUUCAUAAGGUGAAGAAGACAGAUAAAGAUGCUUUCAAGAAGAGACAGAGUUGGCCACUAGCUGAGCUGAAGAUAUGCGAUGGCAAAGAUCCAAAAACUGAUGUUCCUGAUUUUGACCUCCAUUUUGAGAAGGUUUAUAGAUGGAUAGCAAGCAAUGUAGCUGAGAAGAAUGCUUUUAUUUCAUCACUUUGGAAGUUGAGCCAGAGAUACUUAAAGCAGCUGAAGAAACCAGAUUUUAUUAAUGUCAAGCCAGCCCUCUUGGAAGAAUAUUUAUCAUUGGAGCAAGCAAAGGUAGCUCAAUCAGAGGAUGAACUUAGCAAUGAAGAUUACCAAGCAUUAUCAGGAAGAGAAGAAACAGAUUUAGAGAGGAUGAUGGCUGAAUGUGAAUUUGCUAUCGGCAAUGCGGAGGCUUUCAUUGAACGCUUGGCCAAUGACUUGUCUGUUCUUGAUGGGGCCAACAUCCAUUCUAUCAUAGAGUCUCAGCAGGAGGUUGCUAGACUGAUGUUCCUUCUUGAUGAUAGUCUAAGAGAGGUCAAUAAGGUGGAGUCUAGUCUUGAUGAAUAUGACAAGAUGUUAGAGGGUGUGCGGGUCCACAUGGAGAUCAUGGAGCAGAAGGAUUCUAUGAUCCAGAUCCAGAGUCAGAAUCACGGUCAGCUUCUGACUGCUGUAGAGACCAUCAUGCAGAAGCUAGACAUGCCUCACCAGCAGCAGUUAGCUCUCCUGGACAGGGAUCUAGGAUCACCCAAAGGCAUCAUGGACUGUACUGCUGCAGCUCAGGUUCUGCAGGAGAAGAUGGAUGCAGAGCUUCUACCUGGUCUUGGUAAGAUGAGGGCAGUGGUAGAACAAAGAGAACUCUUAACUAAUCUACAGGAGAAAUUUGCACAAAGGCUUGCCAUACAUCUCAAUAACAUUUUUAUACAACAGGGUGCAGACAUGAGUGAAAUGAUGCUUACAUUAGGUAAUAGACUGACCCUUCCUAAGCAUUUUACUUUCCAUCGAGAUCUCAUUCCAUAUGCUGAACUCAUGCAGUGGCUUAGGAAGGCAGAUCGCACAAGUUUCCAGCAACUAGGAAAAAUCUACACAGACAACCUAAAGAAGGUCUAUGAGAGAGAGCUGAAGGACUUCUUUGAGAGAGCUAGACAGGCUGUCAUGAUGAAAGGAAAGACUACUGAUAUCAAGAAGUUUGGUCUGAAGGGGGAUAAAGGCAGUUCAACCCCAGAACCAUCCAGGAGUGGGACUAGGACCAAGGCCAGUACCCUAUCACUCCAGGAGUUCUCGGCCAACCUGAAAGCAGCGGAGACGGACCUCAAUGAGAAACAGAAAUUUGACAUGGUUUUCACCCAGCUUUUAAAUGAGAUUCAACCUAUGUGCAACUCAGAGCAAGAUUUCUGUACCAAGUUCUUUGGCUAUGGUUUGGAUACAGAAGGCAUGGAUGCUGAAUACUUCCCCAUGGCUGACCAGGUGGAUGGUGGUACAUUCAGCAGAUACAAGAAACAAGACAACCAUGAGGAAAGGAAAGGAGUUGCAUUUGCAUUAAAUCCUGACCUCAGUGAUGUUGAUGGAAAGAUGACUACGCAUGGAAUGAGGAAGGUGAUGGGAGAGCUAUUCCAGUGUUUAGAGCCAGAAUUCAAGUCAUUUGUUACAUUCUCUGAGAGGAUGGAUAACUUUAACUCAGUCUACAUGCUUGUGAGAAUUAGCCCUCAUGUGAUGUCUAGUGAAACACAAGCUAAAUCAGCCUCUUAUUUCAGUAUCAUCAUGGCCAACUGCCUGGUAGAAGUCAAACGUAACUUUGACAAGUACAUGGAUAAUUUGAUUCGCUCUGUAGAGGAAACAAGGAUAUCCAAGAAGAGUAAAUGCGGCAUUCUUCCAUUUGUCAAAGAAUUUGAGACAUUUGCAUGUCAAGCAGAGUCUGUGUUCAAGGGAUCAGACUUACGAGGAAACCUAGACAAGGCUUAUAGUAAGCUGGUCCUGGCCCAGUUUAGGAACAUCCAUAGAGUAGCCCUGGAACAUCAGAAGACACCCAGUGAUGUCAUCAUCUUUGAAAACUUCCAUCAUCUUCACGAUGUCCUGUCCAGACUGAAGAUCACCUGUCUAGAAUCAGAGCGUAAGGAAGCCAAACAACAGUAUCAGGAUCAUUUACAAUCCUAUGUCAGAGAUUCCUUAGGAAGACCAAUGGAGAAGCUCAAUCAUUUCUUUGAAGGUAUUCAGGUGCUUGUAUCUCAGGGAGUGAAGGAAGAAGAGGUUGGUUAUCAAAUCCAGUUCAGCAAACAAGAACUACGCAAGAUCAUCAAGGAAUACCCACAAAAAGAGGUGAAGAAGAAUCUUGAGAGUUUGAUCAAGAAAGUUGAGAAGACACUUUGUGAAGAAGAGAAUCUUGUCCAGGUUGUAUGGCGAAUGAUGCAGGAAGAUUUCCUCCGUCAGUACAAACACAUAGAGACGAUGAUUGGCCGCUGCUACCCAGGAUCUAAGAUCUCACUGGAAUUCACCAUCCAAGAUGUCCUUCAGUUCUUCACUGACAUUGCCCAGUCUCACUAGACUUCAGUGUGUCCAAGGCCCUGUGACAUGAAGCUUAGUGAUCCAUUGUAGGGCUGAUUCUAUGAUUUAUUUUAUUUGUCUUCUUUACCCAGGGUAGCCUGUUCAGUGGUUAAGACACUGUUGUCAACCAGGGCCCUGCAUAAUACAUAUAUACAUAAAAACAAUCAAAAGAACACAUUAUAUACAACACAUAUGAAGUCGACAUUGUUACACUGCAAUACGAUUAGAGAGAAAUGAUUUGAGUACUUGAAAAAGGAAGCAGUAUUGGAAAUUGACAGGAAAACAAGGAAAAAUUGAUUGAUUGCAUUGAUUGCAUUGAAUAUUAUGUAUGAUCAAUCUUAAAUUUAGCCCCGCAAUUAAUUGCUAAGCUUUAUGUUAUGGAUCCCAGGGGGAUAAAGCUACCCUCUCUUUCCUGCAAGGCAAAUUUUCAGUGAAUGCAUCAUAGGACACCUGGUGAAGCUCCCAUUGAAAGUAAAGGCUCUCAGAUGAACACACAAAAGGAACUUUUCUGAAUUUAACCCUUCAAAUGUUGAAAGUGAAAACCAAUGAAGAAGUGCUGGUGAGAGAUAGGGUAAAAUGCUAUGCAGUGAAUUGUAAAUUGUCAUGUUUUGUUUCCAUUCAAAACGUACAUUUUCAUGACUUAUUUUAAUUAUGAAGAAAUAUGUUUAUAUGAGCUUUUGCUCUACAGUGUAAUGUCACACCAUUAACUUUUGUUUCUUUUUCAAGAAAUUUAUCAAGAGUCUUCUCAUUAGUAUGAAAGAAAUUAAUUCACCAGAUUAACCAGAGUUCAUAUUAGUGAACCAAUGUGUCAUGCUGAUAUAUACAGGAUGAUAUCAACCAUCCUAUUUAUUGUGUAACAGAAAAUACCACUUAAUGAUUUUCAUUUAUGUAAGAUAUGUUUGAGGAUUUAUAUACAAAACUAUUGUUCAUUAUCUUGAUGUCAAGUUUCAGAUAUGUAUUUUCUUGUCCAGAAUUUUGUUAUGAAAAAUGUUGCGAAAACCAAUAAAUGAAAUGAAAUGAAAUGAAAACCUAAAAUACCUUAUCCCAUCUAGGGUAAUUGAAAAUUCCAUGAAAUAUGUAAAUUCGACCCCUUAAAUGUUGAUAUCCAUGGCAUAAAUUUCCUUGUUUUCUCGUUCAUAUGAAAACUUGCCAUGCUUUCCAAAUUAUCAUUGCUUGAGCAGUUCAUGGAGUUAAGUAAGAAUGGAGCAAAUUGCAACAAAAAAUUGAUCAUGUAAUGGAAAGCCCUCCUACAGAAUUGCUUUUUACAUUGAUGAUAAGUAGGCUCCUUGACACAUGCUCCUGUAAACUUCUUCAGAAAAUAUCUACCUUAAGCCAAACAUAAACCUAACCAAUAUCUUAAUCCUCACAUCAUUCUGAACCAAAAACCAUACCCCAACCCUAUCCUUGUAUCUUCAAAGAAAUUAGAGGAGUAGCCAUUGUUGCAGGAGUAAAUGUUACGUUAGUGGCAAGUGUAUUCGCUUUUUAAUAAAACAUGAGUAAAAGAUUUAAGAACGAAAUCUAACAUUUUGGCUACACUUCAAUAAUACACAGGUAUUGAACCAUGUUUUAAUAAAACUCAAAUAGGGGGCCCAUUGAUCUGAGAAUUCAUUGGAGUCUGUUUUUAUUUACAUUAGUCUAUAUUUAUAUUCAUGAAUAGAUAUGAAAUGUCAUUUUCUUACAGCUCACAUAAAAAAUGAUGUUGAUUUUCAAAAUAGAGCUCCUUUGAUUUUCAAGGCAGAUUGCUUCAUCUGAAGAAAAAAAUCACUUUACCCACAUUGAUAUUUUUUUAAUUACUUUGCAAAGAUGGCAGACUAUUUUAUAUAAUAGCAAGGCUUACACAUCUCAUUCCUGAAGUUUCUAUUUUCUAAUUGAAUUAUUGGAGCAAGGGUUGAUUACUGAUAUCUUGCCAUUUUCAUUGCCUUUGCUAAAUUACAUUUAUUUUCUUUUUUUUUAUGUUUGUGGAAUGGACUUCCCUAGUUUCUUUGCUAGUGUGGCCAUCUAUCUAACUUUUAUGCUUGACUGGAAACAUACCUAUUUUCCAGAUUGUGUACAACUAUAUGAAGUCAUUUUGUCCUUUCCGGUUAAAAAAACGAACAGCCAUUUUAAGUGGAUUAAUUUUUGUUUAGUCUCACCAGGGCCUUUGAUGAUGCACCUAUCAAAGCUACCAAAUAAUACUGAUUUUCAGUAACUAGUACUGAAAAAUGAGAAGAAUACUGAUGGUUUCAAGCAAAAUACUGAUUGCCAGGGUUUCAGUUUUAAGUGUCCUAUCGUAUUUCUUUGAAAAUACUGAUUUUCAGUUUUUAAGAUACUAGGAUUCUCUUGUUCAGGUUGGCAGCUCUGACCUAGAUAUUGAAUAGAAAUCUCGCCUUACUGAAAUACAUUUAACCCUAAAUCUCUUGGGGUAUUUUGAUUCUGGUCAUUCCCGGGGGGGGGGGGGGCCAUUAUGGCCCCCCUUAAGAUCUCGGCCGCAGAUUGCGCGAUCACAAUGAAAAUUUGCAUGAUGAUAGAGAAUGACAUAAUCUACGCAGUUGCAUUGGUAAAUUUCACUGAAUUAAUAUAUUUUUAUUUUAUAUGAAUUAAUUAUGCUAAUUUAUUCAUGAAAUCAUACUUUUUGCUCUGAUUCACUAAAUAAAGCUCCUAGAAUGCUAUUUUUUGGUAAAAAUAUUCUUUUUAGCAUUCCUUACAAUUGUGAAUGAAAAAAAUUCUGGUACCAAGACGGAUUUCUUAUGUAUUUUAUUGUUUUUUUAAUUUCUUAUGUAUUUCUUUGUUUUUUUACUUUUUGUUUUUUAUUGUUUUUUCGAUGGAAAUCAUUCCAGACUUAAUUCUGAUCAUAAACAAGGCAAAACUAAUUAAGUUUAAUCAGUAAAAGUAGAAAUAAUGAUACAUUUAUGAAUUUAGGCUAAAUACACAAUUUGCAUUGGAUUUGUACAUGAAAUCACGUUUAUGAGCAAUUUUGGGUCUGACAUGCACUUACAUAAUAUUGCGUAAUGUCGUAACCGCGUACCCGGGCAUCACAAAUUUGGUGUCAAAAUUUGCGCGAGACUUGAAAGUAAAAAGUCAGUGAGCGGCGAGGUCAAAAAAUUUUGCGCAGCAGAUAUAUUGCGAAAAUUGUCGAGGGGGGGCCAUUAUGGCCCCCCCCCAGGAGAAUUAGGGUUAAAGGAUGAUAUCAGUAAGAUAUUUAAAGAUGGUCUCAUGAACUAUGCCCUAUGGCUAUGACAGUCAGGUUCAUCCCUAGAAUAUGUUUUGAUAAAGAGGUCAAAGGUCACAUUGUAUCCCAUAUGCAUGUUUGCUCAAGUAAGGAGUGUGUCCUAUCAUGAGCACUAAAAAAAAGAAUCUAUAUGAAUCAUUAACAAGGACUUGAUUUGUAUCUCAUAAACUAUCCUAUUAUAUGUUCAUUGUGUUCAUCGUUAAAUUAUUUUAUAAGGGACCAUUCUAAUAUUUGUGCUCAUUCGAUGUCCAUUCUGAAAACUGAGCAUUUUAGGGACAAAAAAUGAUGUUUAAUAAUCAUGUGAUGUAUAAAGCAUGCCAUAUUAACAGACAUUAUGUUCAUGCAAGUAUAGUUAUAAGAAUAUAUUUCUUCAUGUAUAUAUCUUGUAGAUUAAGCUCAAAGUGCAAUGAUUAUUAAAAGAUAUCAACUUUUAAA